UGAACUCGUACAAGAUUUAGCGCCACCCAAAAGGCAAAAACCCCAACGAUCAACUACCAAAAACCCAAAACCUCCACUCACUCUCCCAAAAGAUAACAAUCCCUAACCUCUAGCGAGGGAUAGAUAACACCUAUUCUACUCACCAGUCACCACCGUCCACCACCACCAAAAGAAGAUGCUAACUACCGUAAACCACCACCAUCGUGUCUUCCUCCUCCACCGCUCUCCACACUUCAUUCUCUCUCCUAAAUCCCUACACACCUUCUCUCCCAAAUGCCUCUCUUCCUCCUCUCAAACCCUUACUCAACCACCACAAAAUCAUCCCAUCAUCACCUUACCCACUUCCCAAAUCCUCUCCAUCCGCCAUUCCCUCCUUAACAGACAACUUACCGCCGUUGAAAUCGCCGAGUCGUACUUGGCUCGCCUCCGCCACGCCGAGCCGAAGCUCAGGAGCUUCUUGCACGUCGCCGAUGAGGAGAGCGUUUUGAGGGAGGCUAAGGAAGUUGACAGGAAGAUUGCGAACAAUGAAGAAGUGGGUUUGUUGGCUGGCGUUUUGGUAGGUGUCAAAGAUAAUAUUUGUACUUCUGAUAUGCCUUCCACCGCCGGUUCGAAGAUUCUCGAAGGGUAUCGGCCGCCGUUCGACGCGACGGCGGUAAAGAAAGUGAGAGAGUUGGGAGGGAUUGUUGUUGGGAAGACUAAUUUGGAUGAGUUUGGGAUGGGUAGUACCACUGAAGGCUCUGCUUUUCAGGUGACUGCAAAUCCUUGGGAUGAGUCGUGCGUACCGGGUGGAUCAUCAGGCGGCUCAGCUGCAGCCGUUUCCGCAAGGCAAUGUGUGGUGUCUCUGGGAAGUGAUACUGGUGGGAGUGUGAGACAGCCAGCAUCAUUUUGUGGGGUUGUCGGAUUGAAGCCAACAUAUGGGCGUGUCUCCAGAUAUGGACUUGUGGCUUAUGCAUCAUCGUUAGAUGUUAUAGGAUGCUUUGGUACAUCAGUGGCUGAUGCAGGGAUUCUUCUUCAUGCAAUUUCUGGACAUGAUAGUUUUGAUUCUACGAGCAGCAUGCGAGAGGUUCCAGAAUUCACAUCGAAAUUCACUUCGUUGAAUAUCUUGGAAUCCAGACCUCUCCAAGGACUCAGAGUUGGUAUCAUUCGUGAGACACUUGGAGAUGGCGUUGAUGAGAAUGUGGUGUCUUCUAUUCGUGCAGCUGCUUCACAUCUAGAAGACCUUGGCUGUUCUGUCACAGAAGUGUCAUUGCCUUCUUUUUCGCUUGGGCUUCCAGCGUACUAUGUACUUGCUUCCUCUGAGUCUUCAUCCAACUUAUCACGUUAUGACGGUGUUAGGUAUGGAAAUCAGGUAACUGCUGAUGAGCUAACUUUUCUAUAUGGAGAAUCUCGAGCUAGAGGGUUUGGUCCUGAGGUAAAAAGGAGAAUAUUAAUGGGAACAUAUGCACUUUCCGCGGGUUACUAUGAUGCGUACUAUAAGCGUGCUCAACAGGUGAGGACUUUGGUUCAAAAAAGCUUCAAAGCUGCACUUGAUGAAAAUGAUAUUCUUAUUUCACCUGCUGCACCUUCUGCUGCUUAUAAAAUUGGUGAAAAGAAGAAUGAUCCAUUGGCAAUGUAUGCUGGUGACAUAAUGACGGUCAAUGUCAACUUGGCUGGUUUGCCUGCGUUAGUCUUGCCUUGUGGUUUCGCUGAAGGUGGGUCAGCCGGUCUUCCAGUUGGUCUACAGAUGAUAGGUGCUGCAUUUGAUGAGGAGAAACUGCUUAAGAUUGGACAUGUAUUUGAGCAAACACUCGAAGGCCACAGUUUUGUCCCCCCAAUUGUAGCUGGGUUCGCAUCAUAACCUGUGAUCCUGCAUCCCAAGAGAGGAGGCCUAAUGAUUAAUGACAGUCUGUCUGCAUUUCAAGACAAUUCAACUUUGGGAACUCUCAAGAGUCAAGACCGAGCAACUAGUUUGUAAUAGACAGAACAUAACAGUGGUGACCUUGAUUGAGAAUUGACCUUCAAGGCUUGGAUUUGCUUGCCCCUGAUCCAUUCAUUGCUUCUCGUAUCGUUGGUGCCUGCAAUUGCAUUACCCAUGAAUGAAGCUAUUCUUUGGUCAGAACAUGAGAAGUAUGAAUAUUGCCUAUUAUUUGUAUUUGGACAUGUAUUUUAUUUUUUGUUCAGUAUGUUUAGCAAUAUGCUGCUUGCAAAACCCUGAGAAAUUCGACCAAAGUAUAUUACCAAAUUUAUCGAGUAAGUCAACUUACAAUUACAAUAAGAACUGCUUUGUUUGGACAA